AUGCCAUACCGAUCGGGUGCAAUCAACAGCGCCGUCAUUAAGGAGACGGUCAGAGAAGAAUCCCAGGACAGUGCUAUUACCGAACACCCUUCUCCAACAGGCACCGUACCGAUCACAGCCGUUUCCACGAAUUCGGAAGUUGGCCAUCAACCAAUACGGUGGGCGACGGGCUAUAAUGACGGUCAAUAUCCUGUCGAACCGGCAGCCUACUUCCCGUCCGCCGUCGACACAGAAGCCUUUGAUGAAGUCGCGACUCGGACUCAGCCGUCAAGCCGAAAGACCUCAAGCUCUGCGCAAGACUCGAGCCAGCCCAGCUCCAGGCGUCCAUCACAAAAUCUAUGGACGAGAUCAAGAUCCUUUGCCGGUUCUUACAUCAAGCCGCGGGCCCCCUCAGAUCCAGGUCGAAUAGGCACUUUUGCGAAAGCCAGAAAUGGCUCCAACGUAGCACAGUCAUCAAAUGUUGUAGUAGGUCAAGACAAUCCGGGACAGGAAGUUGGGGACAGGUUGCAGUCGUCCAGGCGAAGUAGCGCCGUAAACAAGGCACCAUCCAGCAGAUCUGCCAGUCAAGCUGGGAGCCGAGCUGGUUCGUUCUCCAACAAUCUGACAAAGGGGCUCAGCCACCAGGAGGGAUUGUAUCGUCACCCAGAGAGCCUGAACAAGAACCGCUGGGAUCAACGCGCGUCGAUAUCCGAAUAUAUCAGGCCAAAUACCGGCCCCGAGAAAGGGCGGAGGCGAUCCUCGGGGAACAAAUCAGGCACUGUCCCAUCAGAAAAUGCGUCGGUGGCUGCAAACAGCACCCAGCCGUCGCUGGAGAGGAUACAUUCAGCUCCUGCUCCUGCCCACUAUUUAUUCAAGAACCCUGUCGCUUGGACGCCAGCUUUUAGGACUGCGGAAGCAUUCCCGUACGGAAAAUUCGGUCGUCACGCUUCAAUAGCAGAAGACCCCUUGGGAGAUCCAGUCAACAAAAUACAAUCCUCGGUAUCGGUCCACGAAAAAGUCGUUCCUCAGGCUGGGGUAUAUUUCCGGUCUCGUCGUAUCAAAGACCGCGAUACCGACCAUGCCUGGCUGAGGCAACAGAAAGAUCCUCGUCAAAAAUGGCUAACCAUCAUUCCCCUCAUCGGAAUUCUCCUGGGAUUCGGGAUCGCAGGAGCAUAUAUCUUCCUUGGCAUUCACAACGUGCCAAUGCAUAAGUAUUGCAUGGUGUAUGAAGAUGCUUUCACGUCCGGAAGUUUGGAUCCUCGGAUCUGGACCAAGGACGUCCAAGUCGGAGGGUUUGGCAACGGUCAAUUUGAGGAGACAACCGGGACCGACGAGAACGUCUUCGUGAAGGAUAACCUGCUUCAAAUCAAACCCACGCUUCAGGACGUCACCCUCCUGACCGGUAACCACACUCUCAACCUUACCAGACUAGGGACGUGUACCAGUGACAAGUGGUACGAUUGUGUUGCCACGACCAACAGCACAAAUGGCACGAUAAUCAAUCCGGUUAAGUCCGGGCGCAUCCACACCAAGAAGGGCGCCAAUAUCAAGUAUGGACGGGUAGAAGUCGAAGCGAAAAUGCCCCAGGGCGACUGGAUCUGGCCUGCUAUCUGGAUGCUGCCCAAAGAUUCGGCCUAUGGUACAUGGCCUCGGAGUGGAGAAAUCGAUAUUGCAGAGUCUCGUGGGAACAACUGGACAUACCCUACCGGUGGAAACGACAUUAUGUCCUCGUCCCUGCACUGGGGUCCUGAUGCUUCCAACGAUGCUUGGUGGAGGACAUACAGGAAACAGAACGCUCUGCACUCAACAUUCUCGGAGGGAUUCCACACAUAUGGUCUUGAAUGGAGUGAGAAGUACCUGUACACGUACCUCAACGGUCGAUUGCUGCAAGUGGUGUAUAACAAGUUCAGCACUCCUUUUUGGCAAAGAGGCCAUUUCCCUCUGAUGUAUGCCAACGGAACUGCCAUUGUCAACCCUUGGGGCCAAACGGGGAAUGCCGCCACACCUUUUGAUCAGGAUUUUUAUUUGUUGCUCAAUGUUGCUGUCGGCGGAACCAACGGCUGGUUCAGGGACGGCGAGGCUGGUAAACCGUGGGUGGACGCCAGUCCGACUGCGAAGAGAGAUUUUUGGGCCGCGAGGGACCAGUGGUACCCGACGUGGCAGACUAAAACGGGAGCCGCCUUGCAGGUGAGAGCCGUCAGAAUGUGGCAGCAGCAAGGCUACAAUGGCUGUGGAAGUGAUGCAAAAGGUAUUUGA